CAGCUGCAGAGGGAGAGAGAGAGAGAUCAGGGAAUGCUGACAACAACGGGCAGGCUCAUGCUGGAGAAGUCAGAAACGCAACAUUUUCUCUCUCUGUGAUCCGAGCGUUUUCAACUCCAACCUUCUUCUUUUUCUGACUGCAUAUUGUUUUUUUUUUUUUCCGCUCGCUUUGGGACUACAUUUCUUCUCCCGACGGCCUGAAAUGACUGGAUAGGUACCGCGUCUAGCCAAUGCUUACUGCAGGGGCUUCUGUCUUGUGGAUUAUCCGUCGUCGUAGUCGCCGAGUCAGUCGUACGAUUGAGCCCGGAGGAGGCCCCACUCUGCUGGAUGGAUGUGUGUGAGGCGGCGCGGUGGUAAUGAUGCUGCUGCUCGGCUUUCAUCGGCACUGGGUCAACUGAUCUUGGAUGUCCGGGCUUCAUCGCCCUCCUACUCGAACCAUUUUCUCCCACAGCAACACUUUGAUUCCUUAAAAACUGGACGCCCCUGGAGCAGUUUAUGACGAGCCUGGUAGGAGCGUGAUGAGCGCGCGCUUCCGCUUGCCUGCUGGCAAAUCCUACAAUGUCCGGGCGACGGAGCUGGAGCGAGACAGGCAGCACACACAGGUUGUGUGCAACGUGCUGCUGCUGGACAACACUGUGCAGGCGUUCAAAGUCAAUAAGUCUGAUCACGGCCAGGUGCUGCUGGACACCGUGUUUAAGCACCUGGAGCUGACUGAGAGAGACUACUUUGGCCUGCACCUGGCUGAUGAUGGCUCAGAUGCACCACGCUGGCUGGAUCCCAAUAAGCUCAUCAGAAAACAGUUAAAAAGAGGGUCUCCACAUAACCUGAGCUUCAGGGUCAAAUUCUUUGUGACUGACCCGAGCAAACUUCAGGAAGAAUACACACGGUACCAAUACUUUCUUCAGAUCAAACAGGAUAUAUUAACUGGAAGAUUGCCCUGUCCUCACAACACAGCUGCUCUGCUGGCAUCCUAUGCUGUUCAGUCCGAGUUGGGGGACUACAAUGAAGCGGAGCAUUCUCCCGGCUAUCUGUCCGACUUCUGCUUCAUCCCAAACCCUCCACAAGACUUCCACAAAGAGGUCUCCAAACAUCACCAGCAGCACAGCGGUCUGUCUCCUGCCCAGUCGGAGUUUAAUUAUCUGAACACAGCACGCUCGCUGGAGCUCUACGGGGUGGAGCUGCACUAUGCAAAGGACCAGAGCAACACAGAGAUUCUCAUUGGGGUGAUGUCCGCUGGAAUCAUGGUUUACAAGAACAGGGUACGGAUCAACUACUUCCCAUGGUUGAAAAUAGUGAAAAUCUCCUUCAAGUGCAAACAGUUUUUCGUCCAGCUGAGAAGAGAGGCGACUGAGGCUCGGGAGUCGCUGCUGGGCUUCAACAUGGUCAACUACCGGGCCUGUAAGAACCUGUGGAAGGCCUGUGUGGAGCACCACACCUUUUUCAGGCUGGAGCGGCCCAUCCCACCACAGAAAAACUUCUUCGCUCACUACUUCAGCCUGGGUUCAAAGUUCAGAUACUGUGGGCGGACAGAAGUGCAAUCUGUGCAGUAUGGAAAGGAGAAAGGGAUCAAGGACAGAGUUUUUGCCAGCAGGUCUCCCAGCAAGCCAUUGGCUAGGAAGCUGGUGGGCGGGACUGACUGGGAGUCUGUAAGCAGGAACAGCCUAUCAGACGAGAGACUGGAAACCCAAAGCCUGCCCACACGCUCGCCACCUGGAACACCUAACCAGAACUCGCUGUUUGUACAAGACGGCACACGGCUACGCCCAUCGUCAGUUGGCCACCUGGUUGAUCAUGUGAUCCACGCUUCACCCAGCCUACCUGUCUUCUCCUCCAAUCACAAGUCGGCAUCAUCCACCCAAGCCAACAGCAUCAGCCUGGACUCAACACCGUCUCCUGAUGGGGUAGAUGGCCAGCCUCCAGCGCUGCCCCCGAAGCAGCUGAGCAGGAAAACACUGAGCCAGAUCAUCCAGGCCCACUCCCAGCAGAGCCUCCUGGACAACCACCUCAACGAGAUGUACGAUGUUCCUGUCAAUGUCGACAAAACCACGCUUAAUGGAGUCGUCCCUCAUGAUAAUCUGGUCCUGAUCAAGAUGAGGCCUGAUGAACACGGACGUUUUGGCUUCAAUGUCAAGGGUGGAGCUGACCAGAAGAUGCCUAUCAUUGUGUCUAGAGUGGCUCCGGGAACUUCAGCCGACCUUUGCGUUCCUCGCCUUAACGAAGGGGACCAGGUGGUCCUGAUAAAUGGACGGGACAUCUCUGACCACACCCAUGACCAGGUGGUGAUGUUCAUCAAAGCCAGCUGUGAAAGCCAUUCUGGGGAGCUCAUCCUAUUGGUCAGGCCGAACGCCAUCUAUGAUGUGGUGGAAGAGAAGGUAGACUCGGAGCCGGAGUUUCAGUACAUCCCAGAGAAAUCUCCGCAGGAUCCCACCCAGCUUGACCAGCACGCCCUGAGGGACUCCAUCAUGGCUCUAAAGGAAGGCCUGAGUAGUGGAGCCAUACUGGCUCAGUUUGAUCAACUGUACAGGAAGAGGCCGGGGAUGACCAUGCUGUGUGCCAAAUUACCUCAGAAUGUUUCCAAAAAUCGCUACAGAGACAUCUCUCCAUAUGAUGCCACACGGGUCGUACUGAAAAGCACAGACGACUACAUCAAUGCAAAUUACAUCAAUAUGGAGAUUCCUGCAUCUAGCCUGAUAAACCGCUACAUUGCAUGCCAGGGUCCACUGCCCAACACCUGCCCUGACUUCUGGCGAAUGACCUGGGAGCAGGGCUCGUCUAUGGUGGUCAUGCUGACUACACAAGUGGAGAGAGGGCGGGUGAAGUGUCACCAGUACUGGCCCAACCCAGACAGCAUGGCCACCUAUGGGGACUUCAAAGUCAUGUGCCACAACGAAGAGGGCAACUCCGCCUUCCUGGUCCGGGAGAUGACACUCACUCACACACAGAGUGCCCAGCAGAGAGAGCUCACUCAGCUUCAAUACCUGGCCUGGCCGGACCACGGCGUUCCUGAUGACUCCACCGAUUUUCUGGACUUCGUGGCUCUGGUACGAAGUAAACGGGCCGGACAGGACCAGCCGAUGGUGGUGCACUGCAGCGCCGGCAUUGGUCGAACAGGGGUUCUGAUCACCAUGGAGACAGCAUUGUGUCUGAUGGAGUGUGGUCAACCCGUGUAUCCUCUGGAUAUCGUCAGAACCAUGAGAGAUCAGAGGGCAAUGAUGAUACAAACACCUAGCCAGUACCGCUUUGUGUGUGAGGCCAUCUUGAAAGUGUACGAGGAAGGCCUGUUCAAGCCCCAAACACCGGUCGUCUACCAGCAGAAGGAGAAGCCAAGGGAGGAAAAGGGUGAAGAGGAGCAGAAUAAAGAGGACAGAGGAGAGGCUGAGAAAGUGGUAGAUGAAGCGGAGGCGGCUGUGGUGGAGCUGUUGGAGAGAGGCCUGGACGAAGAGGAUGAAGAUGACGAUGAGGAAGUGGAGGUGUUGGACGUGGGGGAGGUAACGGAAGAAGAGGAGGAGGAGCCAAGCGUCGCAAGCUGCACCAGCAUGACAAGCGAGACCAGCGCGAAUCCAGAUCCGGAUCCGGAUUUUGUUCCUGCUGACGCCUGACCUCAGCAUGGAGGUUACCAGGAGGAGGAGAAAACAGAAGCACUGUUGCACUUUAUGCUGACGAAAACGGAAAAAAGGACAAACAAACAUGACAUUUAUGAACAAAAAUAAGAAAUCCAGCUGUGUUGAAUAGGUACCGUGACGGGGUGUUUCAUGAUCAGGGUUAGAAAACAAGUGUAUAAAAGAAUAAAACAGUACGAAAAAGUAAUGUGUGGAUUGGGAAAUCGCGGUAGUGCCAUGAGUCCGAAGGGGAGGGGCUGCCCCAUAGAUGAGAAGCUCCCCCGACCUUCAUUCUUUUUGUUUUACCCAAAGGGUCAUCCUGUCCCCUUCUGAGCAAGUCUGCCAGGCAGACCUGCCUUUUUUAAGUCAUGUUAGCUGAUAAAGAGAGAAAUCUUAUCUUUGGUUCCUCAGAAAGAGUAUUUAUUGUGUUUUAGUUUGUGUCAAACCCUGUCCACUGAACAAAAAAAAGCUCUAUGUUCUGUUUGUUUGUACAAGUCUAGAGCUUCAUGCUUUCCUGAUUAAAUCUUAGCUAGUGAGAUAGUGUUGCUCCUCCUGCUCUGUUUUGUUUUAUUUAAUUUUUUUGGCUUUUUGUGGAGGAAAA